AUGUCUGACAUUAUUCCAGCCUAUCACAAUAUAGAGAAUCAUUUCCUAGUGUUACCAGAUUAUAGACUGGUAGGAUGCGAAAUCGAGAAGAAUAUGAUUACAAUUAGGCGAGCAGUUUUUUGUUAUCUGACCAACACCACAGAAUUUAUUGCACAGAAUCGAUCGAUCAGUACAGAAUUCUGGGACAAUAGGUUAUGUGAUGAUACUUUUGUCUACGACAGCAUAGACAGCGUCGGAAAAGCGUACGGUACCAACCUAACGCUUUUCACUGUGAUUCGUCAUCCCAUCGAUCGAUUUCUCAGUGGAUACGUCGAUAAAUGCAUUAAGUAA